GUUGUGACAUAAUCCAAGAUGGCCGCCACCGUAGCACGACUGCUCCGGAGCUCUGCGCAGCUCGCAUCAGGAGGGCUGAGAGUCGCAGCGGCUCGUCAACAUGAAGGCUGCGGCGCCUCCCUCCACAGACGCCUCCUCUCCACCAGCUGCUCCAGAUGGGCUGCAGCCGUCACCCAGCCGGCCCCCCCCUUCAAGGCGACGGCCGUGCACAACGGCGAGUUCAAGGAGAUGAGUCUGACUGACUUCAGGGGCAAGUACCUGGUCCUGUUCUUCUACCCGCUGGACUUCACGUUCGUUUGCCCCACGGAGAUCAUCUCGUUCAGCGACAAGGCCAACGAGUUUCACGACGUCAACUGUGAGGUGGUGGGGGUGUCGGUGGACUCGCACUUCACCCACCUGGCCUGGACCAACACUCCCAGAAAAGCUGGAGGUCUGGGUCAGAUCCACAUCCCGUUACUGUCGGACCUCAACAAACAGAUUUCCAGAGACUAUGGGGUCCUGCUGGAGGGUCCGGGCAUCGCCCUGAGGGGUCUGUUCAUCAUCGACCCGAACGGCGUAGUGAAGCACAUGAGCGUGAACGACCUGCCGGUCGGCCGCAGCGUCGAGGAGACCCUUCGCUUGGUGAAGGCGUUCCAGUUUGUCGAGACCCACGGGGAGGUCUGCCCCGCCAGCUGGACCCCCAAGUCCCCAACGAUCAAACCGACUCCGGACGGGUCCAAGGAGUACUUCGAGAAGGUCAACUGAACGACCCUCAACUUGUUCCAAACUGAACGUUUAAUUUGUAGAAAUAAUUGAUCAAUAAAUCUCUUGAAGCUGU